AUGUCGCGAGGGCUUGAUGAAAGAUCAAAGAAAUUUAUUGAUGCUGUUCAAGCUGAUCUCCGAGCUUUGUCGAACGAAACAAGGCGAAAAUUCCAGCCAGUCAAAGAGGUACAACAUCUGUUCAAUGCUUUGUGAAAAACUUCAAUUUGUUAAGACAAUGUGUGGUUUAAAAUGGUAGUAUUAGAAAAAAAACUGGAAAAUUAACAAAUUUAAGCUUAUAAAAGUUGCAAUUAUUUUUGUGUUAAUUUUCUCAACUUAAUACUCCCCAUUGUUUGUAAACUUCUAUUUUUGUGCGUUAAUUUCUUUAAAAAAUCUUUUUAUUCAUUUUUCUUUUCAGGCCGCCGAAGCCGGAAUUUUACGUCUCCGAACUAUUAGUGCUGCAAAAUCAAGAAAUGUUAAAAUCACUAAAGGUACAUUUACUGCAUAAAAUUUUAGAAGCUGAUACAAGGAAAUCCAGAAGUCACCUGUUGCCUAAAGAAACUCCCAAAAUGUCAAUGUAUUUAUUUAUCAAUAGGCUAACUUUCAACGAAUUUAUAAUGAACAGCACUCCAUGAUUUUAAAGAGCUUGUGACUAUGUUUACAUGUGAUUUUGCAAGGUAAAAUAUGUAAAUGUAAAGAGCAGAUCAAGAAAUUUAUUUACAGGGUUUGCAUGCACUUUGAUUGUCCUUGAAAGUCCUUGAAUUUGAAAUUAAAAAUUCAAGUCCUUGAAAGUCCUUGAAAAUUGCAGUCGCUGCUGGAAAGUCCUUGAAUUUCAGUGCUAACUUUAUCUAACCCAAAGGAAAAGGAGCAAACACAGACGACAUUCAGGUUAAAAUUGCUCAUGUUGUGAAGAAACUAAAAAAGACAUAGACUCAAGACUCUUUUCUGCACCGAAUGGUGUCCUUGAAAGUCUGUGAAAAGUCCUUGAAUUUUUUGUGCAAAAACAGGGUACCAACCUUGUAUAAUUUUAAUACUUGAAUGGGGCAGUCUAAAUUGCAGAUUGCAGACUGGCUAUGGACUAUUGUUUUUAGGGUUAGAAAACAAUGGGACUAUUGUUACAUUUCUCAUUUGCAUGGUGAAAACAAUAGUCUUCGGUCUGCAUUUUACACUGACUGUACCACAGUAUUUAAAUGAUGACCAUCAUACCAUGUAUUCCUAUAGUUUAUGGCCCCCACUAAUCCUAAUCUCCUGGCUUAUCAAUUUCUGUACACCCUUCAUUGCACUAUUUUUAUCUUACAAUUGUGGAGGCAGGAUGGCCAUUCAGUUGGAGCACUGGACAUUCUUCGACCCCUAGCUGGAUAAUUGUUGUUCUUGGUUAGCCUGCGAAAACAUCUGUUUCUCCUCGCUCUUUGCUGCUGGGGAUUUUUCGCGCAGAGAAACGUCUGCAACUCAGAGACAGAAAUUCCAUACUGAUGACGUAAAAUAUGUCCAGAAUCCGGUCAGAAGCCCUGAUUGGUCGACAGCGUAGUUACAUUGUUUUAGCUAUUGUUUAUGAAUGACAGACAAAAGACAAAAGACAAAAGGCCACAAAGGUCAAAUGUAAAUGCAAUGAAUCUCUAACAAAACAGUCAAUAUUUUUGGAAUAAAUUAUAGUCUUCUCUAGAACAAGCAUUUAAGGUUUGCUGGAGCUCGUUCGCAAAUGAACACUACACUUUACCAAAAUCGAUCAGGAGAAACCUAAAAUUGAAUAAAUUUACAUUUAGAACCCCAUGACUAUGGGAUUUAUUAAGUGAACUUUGAUUUGCGUCAUCAGUAUGGAAUUUCUGUGCUCAGUCGCAGACGUUCCUCCGCGCAAAACGUCCCCAGUGGCGAAGAGCGAGAAGAAACAGAUGUUUUCGCAGGCUAGUUCUUGGUAGUCCCGAGUUCAAAUACUAAAUAGCCAACUGUUUUGGUUGGAAACAGAGGACAUAGUAAAAUGCUAAUUUUUUCAAGGUUGUAAAUGUUUUUCAAUGGUAUAAAAAUAACAGUGGGCAGAAUUUGCUCUUCAAGCGUUUGUUGAGUGAGUCCUGCUCAUGGAAAAAGUCUAUAAUUUGGGUCAUAAACUGUCUACAAUAUAAUGGAGAUAUUUUCUUGUUAUAAUCAUAUAAAUAAGGAUUGCGACCUGACUUUUGCUUAUACAGAAUGUCGAAUCUUUGCUUAUUAUUAGACGAAUUUAUUUCAGGUUAAAAUUUUGUAACCUACAGUGUAGGUUGUUAAUCAGUUUCUUUUCUCACCUAGCCCUAAUUCAUGAAUAAUUAGGGCUAAGAGACGCAGAAAUUUGAGAAUCAACCUAGGUUUUAAAAAUGUUAAUCUGAGUUGUUUUCUUUUGACCUAUAAUAUACAAACAGUUUGAAGAUUUUAAAUUUUGAAUAUUUUUGGUUACAAUUAUUGUGUUACUGAAGUCUAACCUUGUUAAAAAUCUGUGAAAACCAACAGGCACUGCAUUGUUGAGGGGAGGGUGUGGCACUAAUUUAGGAUGGUGCUUAUUCAAGUUUAAUAUUAUUAUACACAUCCUGAUUCCUUUAUUUUAUGCAUAUUUAGUUGUUUCAGAAGAAAAUGAGAUAGUCCAGCCUUUCCUGCUUGGUUGUGAUACCAAAAGUCUUCGUGUGGUACAGAUCUCGCUGACGGCACUACAGAGGCUUAUUACCAAUGAAGCUCUGUCUGAGGUAUGCAUUAAUUUUGUACUACCGUGUGGUUGAGUCUGUUUUCAGCUUAAACAAGUAUUCAGCUUAGAUUGAAUCAGACAUUUCUUUGUUUCCUAUAAUUAUAUGAUAAUAUUAUAAUUAAUUUGUAAGAGACGAGGGAAAUUCCUGCAUUAAACUGAAAAUGGAUUUUACUUAGCACAUAAGCACUUAUCAACUUUACUAAGGGAAAACUUGCAAGACUAGAGGAAUGUAUAACGGUGAGGAGAUGAGAAAAAAUUGAAAGAAUUUUUGCUGCUUGCCAUUUAGGCUAGAAACUUGGGCAAAAUGUAUAAACAAGGGCUCAUCUAAAUGGAAAUUUUUCAGAAAAAUGGUUCACUUCAAUGAGGAUGUUGUCCACUUUGACUGGUUAACCUCUUAUGCUUCUUUCCCGCAGUUUUCUGUUUCACUAGGAAGUAUUUGUAAUAAUAUUUCAGUUGAAAUAUGAAUAGAAUGCUUGGGCCAUGUAGAAAUUUCAAAUUGAUCCAAUUUAAAUUUCAUUGCUCUUAUUUUUCACCUAAUUCUGGUGUCUGACCUUUAAUUUAGUCUGGUGUAAUGGAAAACACUGUUUACAUUCUCAAAAAGAACACACGAAAAAAUACAGGAAAGUUUGAGAAAGCCAGAAAUACCUGGCCUAAAUUGAACAAGGGUAGCCUUGUUCCCGGUUGUUACAUGUAUGUGACAUUAUGCCUCAGCCGUUAAGUGGAAAAAUUUGCCUAGGAUGCCUGGUAAUAGCAUGAUUUGUAGUGAUAUUUGGCAUAAAUACCAUGAGUGAUAUUUCGAAAUUGUUGAACGAAAUUUGAGACAAUUUUGAAAUAUUACGAGUGGUAUUUAUGCCAAAUAUCACGUUCAAAUAAUGCUAUUUUUUGUUUAUACUACUACCCGCACAAGGUUUGUAAUUUUCACAUGUAGGUAUUUCAAAUUAAGCUGAAAUACCACUGCUCUAAGCCAAUCAAAUUGCAGUAAUUUCUAAUGUAGUAGUAUAAUAAUAGAAAUCCAAAAUCAUUGAAAAGGUGACACAGUGUAACUUUCUAUUCUGUGAGGAAAAAUGCACUGUAUUAUUUUUUGUUUUGUUUCUACCAUCUAAAACAGUCCGCAAAUGUAUGGAAGUGUUUAUUCAUAAAAUAUUUUAAUGAUCCUCACAGAUAAAGGUAAAUUUUAGUUGAGUAAUUAUCUGGGACUUUUUCUUGCUGGUCUGAAAUUUUUUUGAAAUUUUAUGCCCUGCCUUGCACUAUUGCCUAGUCAAUGGCAAAAUUCAUAAACUUCAUCAGGUUUUUGGCUUUGUGUGAGUGGUAUUUUGAUAGACCUUCCAUGGAUUUUUUCUUAAUAGACUAAGUAUAGUAAGUGAGUAUCCAACAAUGCUGCUGGAAAGAGGGUCUUAAAAGCAUGGGCUUCUGAUAUUUGGCGUGGUCAGGGAUGGUGGCACAAACUUUUCUUCAUCCAUACAAAUAGCGUUUGUAAAAUUCCGCAACUUCGGGGAAUAUAUCUUUAUUAUCUUUCAACAAGUCUUUUCCAGACUUUGCAAGUUUACUGAUUUUAAAGCAUUCUUUCCAGCCAUGUUGACUUGUUUUUGUUAACUGGUCCUCGUCAAAAGUUGAAAAUAUCAUGAAAGUCUUGACAGAUGUACAUGUAUGUUCUCUUACAGUCCUCAGCCAGUAACCUUGUCAGUACACUCUGGCAGUUGAUGGAAGGUGGUUUAGAAGAGCUGAGAAUUCUUCAAACCAUAAUUCUUCUCAUUACAACGUCAAAUAUUGUUCAUGGAGAAAGCCUUGGAAAGGUCUGUGUUGUAAAAAUAAUUGGUCAAACCCGUAUGCAAUAAAUAUUUUCCCUGUCUGCUGUAAAAUAAGAUAUAAUCAAACUUCUACUUAUGGCCACCUCUCUACAACCGCCACUUUUUUCCGUCCCCAAGAUGGCCAUUGUGGAGAGGUUUGGCUGCAAUUUAAUAAUUAUGUUAACAAAGGAGUUACUUCAGUCUAAAGGACAAAUCACAACUCUAUGCAUGGCAAAAAGGUUACUGCCAAGCUUUAUAAUUUAAAGUUACAAAGCAAGAAAGAUAAACUUUGAAAAACUGGCUAAACAGUUUACAUAACCCCAAGUGCAAUCCAUUUUGAUCUUUACUGCGUCAUUUUCUUUAUUAAAAAGCAGUUGUUUUUUCUUACAAAGUGGAGCCUGAAAGGCAUUGCGUGCAAUCACACAGUCAUGAAUCGCUAAGUCGUGUUGGUUAAAAUCAGCAAUGAAAACUAGCCUUGUGCUAGACCUGGAAACAACCAUUAAUAGGCAGGUUGUGACCAGAAAAUAGCUGGACUCAUUUUGAAUGGUGUUUAAGUAAAUGCCUUAAUAAGUAAACUACUUUCAGAUUUAUUGAGGGUGUACACUGUAGUGUCAAAGGCGUCUCAAAGUUGUCAUAGAAUAAUUUUGAUUCCGGGUUCAAACUUUUUUUUAUUUCCUUUAAUUUCCUUCUUCUUUCUAGACUUUCCCCCCUUUAUUUACAAACACUGGAUCUUUCCCUGAGCUUUUGAGGUUCUGUGAGACAUGUGCUGUUUUAAUUGUGCAUGUGCUGAUUUAAUUGUGUGGACGUAACUUCUUUACAUUUCAAUAUUAAUAAAUUAUUAUCCUUUGUAGGGUAUUGUUGUACAAAAGUACAAAAAUGUAACAUUUAUAUUAAUUUUCAAUUUGGUUUAUUGUUUAAUUUGUUUCAUGUUGUUUUCACCCUUUUAAGGCGAUGGUGUUGUGCUUCAAGUUGUACUUCAUUAAAGAUGCAACAAUUUGUACCACGGCUGCAGCAACUGUCAGACAGAUGGUUUCUGUGAUUUUUGAAAGGGUCCUGAUAGAGGACAGUCAAGGAUUG